AUUGACAUAUAAACUGUGACAUGUUUUCCACGCCCUGACCGUCACACAUUUGGCUCGUGUUAUUAUAAAUAGGCCUUCGCGUUUUUGUGAGAUUUGCCAUAUUCAGGGGUUUUUCACCUGUACCGAGCUCAUAAUUUUCAAAUUUCCGACAGCCCCUGAAUGCAGCGUACAUCCAUCAGGACCCUGUGUGUCGCCACCUCAACACAACUUUCUUUUUGUUCUUUUCGGGGGUUGACUUCCACGCCGGCUGCCGCAAGAGAACAAACAGAAGCUGAAUUUAUAAGCUAAGAUUAAAAACCUAAAAAGAAACGACCAUGAACUCGUCCAUCAUUCGCAGUGCUUGUGGCAGUCUACGGAUACACCAAGCCCGUCCAGGAAGCAGGGUGAGCGGCUUGUCGCGGAGAUGCCCGCCGGUCGGUGCUGCCAACGGCCGGUUGAUCCUCCGAGCAGCGAGCGCUACAACCAGCAGCGGCACCAGCCCGAAAUUUGCCGUCAACUUUGGGAAACGAUCCCAGAAGGAAGAUGGGUUGGAGUGCGACAGUUCUUUGAGGGAAGUGGUUCAGAGCACCAAGGAAGCACUGGUGGCUCUGCAGAGAAGAAAUCCUGCAAUCCAACCAGUGCUAGCCAUUAUACAGGCAGGUGAAGAUGACAGCUUGUUGGAGAACAAUAAGAAAAUGGCAGGAAAGAUCGGCUUGAACAUCACUCAGAUUUGCCUGGCAAAGGAUUGCAGUGAAGAUGAAAUUAUAGAGGAGGUGUUGAAGCUGAAUGAGGACCCCAGGGUGCACGGUGUCUACCUCCACCUCCCCCCCGCUUCCCUCACUAAUCGAGUACUCAACACACUCAAACCUGAGAAGGAUGUAGACGGGAUAUCAUACUUGAAUAUGGGCCGUCUGGUCCAAGGAGACCUGAACAAAGGCUUUGUGCCUCCUAUAGCCAGCGCUGUCGUGGAUCUGCUGGAGAAACAUGAUGCUCCCAUGGAAGGAAGAACAGUGUUGAUGAUUGGAGCUGAAGGACCCCUUGGGGUGGCCCUGCAGUUCCUGAUAGAGAGAAGUGGAAUGGUGGCGCUCAAAAGUCAUUGGAGUCUCAAGAACCUACAGAGCCAGGUGAUGCAGGCUGAUGCUGUAGUCCUAUUAGGCACAGAGAAUAUUGAUAUCCCACCCACCUGGGUCAGGCCAGGGGCUGCCGUCAUCCGCUGUGAGUCCACCUUGGAGACAGAUGAACAUGCCACUGAGAUGUCUUCAAAAUCUGGGUUGGGAUACCUCACAGCGGCUUACAGAAUACAGAAUGUGGUGCGUAGUAGCAGUUGGUGGCUCCAGGAGCAGCAGUACCGACCCUGGCGGUUGCGCAGCCUCAAACUGCAGCCCCUGACACCAGUACCAAGUGACAUAGAGAUUUCCAGAGCCCAGACGCCAAAGCCAGUGGACCAACUGGCUGAGGAGAUAGGUUUGCUGCCAGAAGAGCUCGAAGCCUAUGGCAGGAGCAAAGCAAAGGUCCGCCUCUCCCUGUUAGACCGCCUCCACACACAGCCUGAUGGGAAAUAUAUAUUGGUUGCUGGUAUAACUCCAACCCCACUUGGCGAAGGUAAAAGCACAGUGACAAUCGGCUUAGUCCAAGCCCUGUCUGCCCACCUUAAGCUCAACUCCUUCGCCUGUCUCCGACAGCCCUCCCAGGGACCCACCUUUGGGGUUAAAGGGGGAGCUGCAGGAGGGGGAUAUGCCCAGGUCAUCCCUAUGGAGGAGUUCAACCUCCAUCUGACUGGUGACAUUCAUGCCAUCACCGCAGCCAAUAACCUGGUGGCAGCGGCCAUCGAUGCCAGGAUGCUUCAUGAGGCGACCCAAUCAGACAAGGCCCUGUUCAAUAGACUUGUCCCUUCAGUGAAUGGAGUCAGAAGAUUUUCACCCAUCCAGAUCGCCAGGCUACGUCGUCUUGGCAUCAAUAAAAUAGACCCUGCAUCUCUCACACCACAGGAAGUCAGCACCUUUGUCCGUCUUGACCUUGACCCUUCCCAGAUCACCUGGCAGAGAGUGGUUGAUACAAACGACCGUUUUUUGAGGAAGAUCACAGUAGGACAAGCAAACACCGAAAAAGGACAGAUCAGAGAGACUGGGUUCGACAUCGCAGUGGCCAGCGAGAUCAUGGCCAUCCUGGCUCUGGCAGACAGCCUGGAGGACAUGAAAAACAGACUGGCGCGCAUGGUGGUGGGGACCAGCCGCUCUGGACAGCCUGUCACAGCAGAGGACCUGGGUGUGAGUGGGGCGCUGGCGGUGUUAAUGAAAGAUGCCAUCAAGCCCACGCUGAUGCAAACCCUCGAGGGUACGCCAGUGUUUGUCCACGCUGGGCCCUUUGCCAACAUCGCCCAUGGCAACUCCUCGGUGCUAGCAGACAAGCUGGCUUUGAAGUUGGUUGGACGGGACGGCUUUGUCGUGACUGAAGCUGGUUUUGGAGCGGACAUCGGGAUGGAGAAGUUCUUCAACAUCAAAUGUCGGGCUUCGGGGUUGAGGCCCAAUGUGGUGGUGCUGGUUGCAACUGUUAGAGCGCUAAAGAUGCAUGGCGGAGGUCCAAAUGUGUCAGCAGGCGCACCUCUUCCCAGAGAGUACAUUGAUGAGAAUCUGAACCUAGUUGCAGGUGGUUGCCAUAGUAAUCUGAGGAAGCAGAUCCAGAUAGCACACCUGUUUGGGGUACCAGUUGUGGUGGCGCUCAAUGUCUUCAAGACAGACACCCAGGCAGAGAUCGACCUUGUGUGUCAGAUCGCAAAAGAGUGCGGAGCAUCAGAGGCCGUGCCGUGCCACCACUGGGCACAGGGCGGUCGAGGUUCUUUAGAGCUGGCCCAGGCGGUGAACGAUGCUGCCAGCAGACCUAGCGACUUCCAGUUCCUCUACAACAUAGAGAUGCCAAUAGUGGAGAAGAUCAGAACAAUAGCCCAAAAAGUGUAUGGAGCUGAUGACAUCGAGCUCUCUCCUGAGGCCAAGGCCAAGAUAGAUUACUACAAUCAACAGGGCUUUAGUUCAUUACCCAUCUGCAUGGCCAAGACCCACCUGUCCCUGUCCCACAUGCCUGAAAAGAAGGGUGCACCCACCGGAUUCGUUUUGCCAAUCAGAGACGUUCGUGCGAGCAUCGGGGCCGGCUUCAUCUACCCACUUGUGGGAACGAUGAGCACCAUGCCCGGCCUGCCAACUCGACCCUGUUUCUAUGACAUUGACCUCGACCCGGUCACAGAGGAGAUCACCGGACUCUUCUGAGCACGCUCUCAUAAGAUAUUCUCAUAGGCUCAUUGCUGUGUCCUCAGGACCUUCAGCUCCAUGCGUGCACUAUCAGACUCAUCCAUCCCCUGCACCUUUGACAGGAAAUGCUUUCUUUCUCUUUCCAGCAAGCUCAAUCUCUCCCAACAUCACAGUAAUAUGUCCUGGUUAAAAAAAAAAACAACAACAAAACAACUAAAGCAUUAUCUUUAUGCUGUAUUUGCACAUGUGUGUAAUAUGCCAAAGAUGACUUCUUACAGCCAUAUCACAUAUAACCUGUAUGCCUUUGACCUCUCCAUACAAUGUGUUUUAUGUACGGAAGAGUCUUUGAACCAUUUUGAUUUUAUUUUAAUGUUUUCCUCAACUUAAGCCUUUCUUAUUUGUGAAAAAAAAUUACUCAAAUGUCUUAUAAUGGUGCUGAUUUUAUACAUGUCUUAAGCUUUUUAAUUGAAAUGGGUUCAGCUUGUGUAUUUAUUAACUAAAUUGUUGAUGUACGUACAAACAGCCAUUAUGGUAUUAAUGUAAAUGUUAGUGUCCUGCUGGAUACUGCUGAAUUUUACUGUUAUACUGCUGUUUAAAUUAAAAUCACUACAGCCAUCAAGUAACACUGAUCACUUCUAAACCCCUUCUGACAUAUUGUUAAAGUAUUAUUAUGUGACAAGAUAACUAUAUAUGCUACAUACCCAGCCUGAAAUGCCUGUUAUUUGUGUUAUGUGACUGUAUUUCAGGGUUUUCCCUCCGAAACAGUUUAACAGAGGUAGUAAGACACCCACAUCCUGAUGCCUUUUUUUCUUAUCUUUUGAAGAUUAAUUUUUCAUUUCAUAAAGGUUUACACUUUUUUUUGUGAUAUUUGUGGAGGGGGUCCACCUCUGCCAUUAAAACCUGUGUUUACAUUUCUAUAUAUAACUUUUGUUAUUGUUCCUUUUUCACCUCUUUCCAUUGCUCACACUCAGGUUGUGGCUGGUUUCCAUCCAGAAUGAUGAAUGUAACAGUCUUGAAAUGCAAGCUGUCCACUUUGACAACCAGUUUUUAUUACCUGAUAUCAAUGUGAGUAACAUCCACUGUCUAUGAUGAGGUGAUUUAAUGACAGAAAUAACAUUGUAAAUUAAUACUUCAACCAUAGCUUCAGUUACACUCAACAUUUCAAAGUUUAAACUUAACAUUAUAUUCAAAUGUAACCAAAAACUGUUACACACUGCUGUAUUCUCAGUAACAACAGUUGUAUGUAAAACGUUUUGGUCAAAAGUGUGUGCCUUUCAUUAAAAAAAAAAAAACUCCUUU